AUGCCCACAAGGAGAGUGGAAGAGAAGAAUGUGAAUGAUGGAGUUCCUCCCCAAGGUCCUCAAGGUGACCAAGUGCCUCAAAAGAAUAAAGUUCUGGUGGAUCCCCCGGUCAUGACCAAUAAAGAGAUUAGGUCAGCUUUUCUAACCCUAGCCCAAGCCAUGACGGCUCAAGUUAGUCAAGAUGUGGGGACUAGGGUGAAUGCUAAUGAGAGUACCAUGGCCUUAAGGUUGAGAGACUUUGUGAGGAUGAAUCCUCCGAUAUUUCUUGGUUCUAGAGUGGGAGAUAAUCCCCAAGAAUUCUUGGAUGAAGUAUAUAAGAUAGUCAAUGCUGUGGGGCUAACUUCUAGGGAGAAAGCGGAGUUGGCCUCCUAUCAAUUGAAAGAGGUUUCCCAAGUGUGGUUCACUCAAUGGAAAAAUAGCAAUAGUCCUUUAGAUGCAAGUCCUAUAGAAUGGGAGGAGCUUAAGGGAGCGUUCCUUGGUAGGUACUUUCCUCUUGAGAAGAGGGAGUUUAAGUCCAAACUUAAGAGGAAGAAUAGGGAGUUGAGGAGGGGUAGAUCCGAUGAGCAAGGUCAACCUAGGGUCAAGAAGAGAGCUCCAAACCAAGAUUCUUCAAGUGCUCCUAAGGUUAACCAAGAGAAGAGUGAUGGAUCUCAAUUUUCUAAACCUCUUUGCACCACUUUUGGGAAGAGGCAUCAUGGGAAGUGCCUAGCCGGUACUAAUGGGUGCUAUGGUUGUGGAAAGUGUGAUCAUCAAGUGAGAAAUUGUCCUACUCUUACGGCUAGAGGAAGGGAGGCCAAAUAA